AUGUCAGACUGCGAAUCGUCUGAGAAGCCCAUACGACACGGCAGCCGCCUCGGCAAUCUCAGCCCCUCGCAGAUUGAGCAUAAACGUGCCAUGGACCGCAAAGCCCAACGCAUCAGACGCGCCAAGAUAAAGGACUACAUUCGAAGUCUGGAAAGGGAGAUAUUUGAGCUUCAGACGUACCACAAAGACACGGCGCUUGUGCAGCAACUGCUUCACAGGAAUGACGUGCUGGAGCAGCAACUGCGCCGACUAGAGAUGACUCACCUGCGUCCCCGGGCCGGAGACGGCAUCCAGUAUGACGCCCCUGCCUCGAGCGUCAGGCAGGAACAAGCGUACAUGGUGCCUCGGAACUUUGCGAUGUGCCUCGACUGCUUGCCAGCUCCCUGCGUCGGGCUGGCGCCCAUGCCUGCAGUGUACUCUCUUGACCCGCAGACACAAUCGACUACUCCGGAAAAGGGCUACCAUACCACUGCUGCUGCUGCCGCUGCCGCUGCCGCAUAUAGCCCCGACGACUACGUUUGCCAUGACCGGCCGGGACCUCUUGGCAGCGCAGUUGGCGACAUGCACGCAUCCAACGCCUACAACGCGGGUACCGACUUUUUUGUGUGCAAGCCGCAGCCUUGA